AUGCACCUGCAGGUCGUUAACGGCAGGGCGAUCCAUGUGGAUUUGGCCGAGAGCAAGCAGGAGCGGCAGGCGCGGCAAGCGCGGGCCCAGCAGCGCAGCCUGGCGCGAACGAAGAGACUUCGAGGGAGAAUUGGAAAACCAUUGGGUCUGUGUCAAAAGGAGUUGGAACCUUUGCAACUGGGCCAGGAAUGA